CGCGACGAAUGUGGGCAGGUCCGCCCUCGCGGUAACCCGCUCUGCAGGUUAGCCUGGUGAAUCACUCCUCCUGCAUUUAUAAGUAGGACAACUCACGUCGUAGUUUUAUUUUCCUUCCCGCACCUUACGGACACUAUGAGUAAGUCCAGCACGUUGAAACUAAAGAGCUUGUUUAAAGUUAAAUCACCUGAAAAAGAAAACAAGGAGUUCAAACGGUCUGGCCCCCCCAAAGAUGGAGAGACCACAAGCCCAACAGACAAGCCGGGGACCUUACCGGCGGUCCCCGGUCCCCUCAGCCCAGGAGGCAACGCUACCAUGGGGGAUGAUGGUUUGCCCGUCUCCCCGAAAUCAAAGAAGGGAAAGAAGCUGUUGUCAUUUAGGCUGAAACGGAAGAAGUCCAAGCGAAAAGAGGAGGGAGGAGAUGUGUUCUUCCCUGAGACCGAUGAACUGGACAGCAUCAGUAGCCACAGGAGCUUUGACCAGAUGAGUGUUUCCACUGAGUGCAGUUUCCAGACAGAAUCGGACUGGGACCCUCAAUCUGAGUCCACCUCCAUGAUCAGCUUUGACAUGAGUCAGCCAUACAGCCCUACUUCGCCCACGAAAUUCUUCAAGAAUUUGGAGGAAAAGAGGGGAGUCUUUAAUCGCAUUACCAAUUUUUUCAACUCAAAGAAAAAGAAGAGUGGUAGCAGGCGUCAUUCAGAUGCUUCCACAGAUCCAAGUUCCCCAACAUCCCCCUCGUCUCCAUUUUCACAACAGGAGGAUGGGCUUAAGACUCCAACCCCCUCUCUCAAUAGCAGAAUGGGAGCAGCAGGUGGCGAGAAUCUCAGCCAAAGCUCCAGUCGCAGCGCCUCAAGCUCGGCUUCAGUGCUGACAUGUGAAGCAGAACUCCCUUUUGCAGACAGCGACAGCAGUGGCAGAAGCAGUGUGAGGCAGGUGCAUGUGUGCCGGGUCAGCACAGCCAGUGAUGAAAGGCAUUCUGGGAACGUGACUCCCACCACUCCUGACCUCGCUACGACCACUCAUCCAGUUGUUGAUUCAAGCUCAGAGCAAGGCUUUGCAGAGUCAGUUGUGGAGGAAGUAAGCAAGAGGCUGCAGGUCAGUUUGGAAGAAAAUAGCCUGAAACACACAGAGGAUGGUGCAGAUAACCAUACCACACUGUCACCAUUAAAGAUACCACUCUCCAAAUCAACCGAGGCCUCUAGGUCACCUAACUUAACCUCGAUAAGCUUAGGAUCAAAGAAAACGUCAGUGACAGUUGGAGAAAAGGGCCAUAUCACAGCUCUGAAAGGAAUAACUUUAGGCACUCAGUCGUCCAAGUCACACGUCAUCGCAACUCAACAGGUAGAUAAAGACUCUCCAGUCACACCAGAGGAAGACUCUGGAGCGAGGAGGAGGGCUCGGAUAUUCUCCUGGGACACUGUAGCUACAGCAUUGAAACCCGAGGAAGAGGAAGUGCUCAGAGGUGAUUCUCCUGUCCAGCUCCACAAAGCAAUAUGGGUGGAAACACACAUGGGAGAGGAGGAUGACUGGGAGAGGGAGGGGGAGAAAGAGAAUGAUGUAACGAAUGAAGAGAAGGAAGGCUUCAGAUCCGACUCUCCCCCUGUGCUGGCUGUACCUGUCACAGUAAUUCCCGAGGACGACUCAAACACCCAGGAAGCUGCAGAAAGCCCUUCUACCUCCUCAGAGGCUUUGUUGUCCAGUGGCAGCACACCAGAAUCAGCCAUCUCCUUGGCACUGACUGCAGGGGAGUUCCAGCCGCAGCCAGAGAAGCCUGACACUGGUGGCCUUUCAAAGCUUCAGGAGAAACGCAGAUCGGGGGAAACUCGUGUUACGCGCAAGACUGUGAGCUUGCCUUCAAAACACAAGGUUUUUGCCCACAAGGUGUAUGUAAGCCCAGAGCCAAGUUUAGACGGGAAUGAACCAGCUGGAGAGGAGUAUAGCAGAGAUUCAACUACAAAGGCUUCAGACACAACUAAAGCAAAACCAUUGCCAAGCCUCCAAAACAACAAUGCAGAACUCAAGGCAAACCUUGAGCCAUUUCCAACAACAGAUGAGACAACACUCUCUGGUACACAUUCUCCUGACCUCCUAGUUAAAGAAAAAACCGAGUCUGAGGCCUCUGACUUUGAUGAUAACUCUGAAAAAUCGGAUAUGUACAGAGCAAAGUCACAGAUGGUAGGGUCUAGGGCAAGAGGCCAAGGCCCGAACAAGGCUACACCUUCUAUACAAGGGGUUAAAUCAGCAUCACAAGGUCGGCAUACCACAGUAAGUGGAGCAAAGACCUCAUCCUCAGCAGCUGGCAGCAAGGCCAAAAAUGUGAUAACAAAGGAUAAAGCCUCAACAGAGAGCACAAGAGCUGGAACUGCCAGUCAUAUACCACCACAGAGGGAACGUAGCAAUGAUAAAACUGGGUCUAUGUUACCAACACAUAUAGACCAAAGCACCAGUGCUACAUCAAGUGCAUCAGGUUCAAAUUCUAAAAUCCCCAAAAGGUCAACAUCAGAGGUCCAUGUGAAAUCACAAGAGACCCCAGAUAAAUCAUCACAGACUGAUGCCACUGGAUCAGUGGUCAUUUCCAAAGUGCAGAAACAACCCAGGACCAAAGAAUCUUUGAAAUCUCCUGUCAGUAUAACCAAAGCUGGCAGGAAACCAACGUUUGAAGAGGCCAAGGGGGAGAAAGCUACACCAGGAGACAUUUCUCCCAUAAAACCAACACUCAAGAUGGGAACAAAUCAUAUUAAAGAAAAUUCAGAUGAGGACAAUGUCUCUAUAAACCAGGUAAAUGGUGUGGUGAUAGACAAAGAGGAGAGUAGUAUUAAAACAGUGCACCCAACUGACAGGAAGAGCCUGGAUGUCAAAAAACAAGGGCACAACAUUCUGGAGAACAAUGCCUCCAUGGCAUCAAGUAGUCGGUUACCCAUCUCAUCUCCGACAAGAAAGAGGAACAAUGAGAUAACUGAAACAAGUGGCAUUAAAAAAAUGACAUCAAGUCAGGCAGACUCAGAUAGACCCAAGACUGUCCAGAAGCAGAAUUCAGAGCAGCAAGACCUAACCCCUGACGAGAGGCCUGGCAGUGAGACACCACCCCCACUCUCUGAAAGUCCUAAGAAAGGAAGCAUGCUGUCAACAAGACCAACCAAACACACCUUUAAAAGAAGCAUUAGUCACAAAGAGAGUGACACACAUAAAGAGUCUGGCUCUCCACUUCCUACCAAGCAAGAGAAACCGGUCUCUUUGAGGCUCUCCAAACAAAUUGAUAACACCAAACACAAUAAAAGUCCAGUGAAGGAUUCAGCUGAGCCAUCAUCAUCUAUAAGCAAGCUUCCUACAAGGGGUCAGAGAAGCUCCAACAAAAUGAUAUCCAGAAACAUCACACCACCUGACUAUUCUUCAAACACAUCUACAUCCAAACAGGAGGACACCAAUCAGACCACUAAAACAGAGACAGCUGUUGAGGCACCUGACAGUUUCAUAGCAGAUCAAGUUAAGGACAGUGCCGGUGAUGAUAGAUUCAAAUUCAAGUCUCAGUCUACAGAGGCUGAAGAACACAUGAUAAAGCUCACAGACAAUCAGUCAAGUACAGGUGAAUUCAAACCGAAAGUAAAAGGGACAAAAGAGGCGGAGGAGAGCAAAACCAGUCUUACAAAUAAAAAGAUUUCAAAAACUCAAUCAAUUCAAAGCAAUGAUGUCACUGUUACAGAAAAGACCCAAGCAAAAGUUGCACCAGUCACAGGCCCAGGUGCUGAGCUAUUGCCCAACAGUGAGGCGAUUCUGUCUCUGUCACCAGUUACUGAUGUAAAUAAGGCUGAGGCUGAUAACAACAGAGGACAGGCUGAGACUAAACAACAAACAAGAGAUGAGACUCCACCUGAAAAUGGAUCUCACAUUCAAACACAGGAAGAGGAAAUGACAUUUUCACCAAAGAUUUGUUCCAUAGAUUCUGAACAGAAUGACAUUUUGGAGACACCUAGAACACCAGAUUCAGUUCAAGAGAAAGAGACAGAUUCUGCAGGGUUGGAUCAGGACACAGUAGCAGCUCAUGAGGAUGUAACUGAUAUAUCAGCCAAACCUGUUUUGUUUGACGGCAUUCAUGGUAACUUAUUGAACCGCACUGAUCAGGAAGUUGUUAUGGCAGGUAGAGUUUCCCUUAACAGUGAAAGGCAGCAAAGGGAGUUAUUAAAGGAUCAGACCACAAAUAUCGUUCUUGAAAAUGAUAGAUUGCCCGCAUUUAGCAGAAAUUUAGUAAAGGAUUUUGAGGUAGAAGAGAGAAGCAAAGAGGAGGUUGGCAGGAAACCAACAGAGGCUUUGAGCAGACAAACAGAGACUGUGACUGUUUUUGAAUCAACCAAGAAUGCUGAAAAUCAGCUGGACAAAGAGCCUCUUUUACUGGCAGGGGAAUUUGAAAGAUUGGAGAAAAACGCAAAACCAAAUGAAAGGCAGAAUGACACAGCAGUGGAAAGUGCUGACUCACAGAACAGUUGCAAAAGGGAGCUCAAGGGUCGAACUAUUGAGGAUCAAGCAGAGAAAGACAUUGCAGAACCACAGAAACCAACACCUCUCUCAUCAGAGAAGAGAUGUUUACAGCCUGACUCAGAGAAGGAGCCAAGGAUGGUAGUUACAGAUGUUGUACAAGAGAAGAGGACAGAGACAGAGCAAACAAGAAGUGCAUUUCAGCAAAAUACAGAUGGUGUGGUUGAUGCAAAAACGAAAUGUGGGGUCCUCUUCAGAGAAAAGUCAGGAAGUAUCGAUAAGGAAAUGGAUCCGCAGAUGAAGGCCCCAACAGUGAAAAAUGAACAGGAAACCAAAGAACCUCUAACCAAAGAUGAGAAAGUCAGAGAUAAUCAAUCAAAUCAGGACAACAAACACACUGACAUUGUAAAGGAGAGUCAAACUCAAGAACCGAAAGCCUUAAGCACUAUAACUCAGAGUGCUGAAGGUACAAAGGAAGAGAGUGAAACAAAGGCAUCUGGUAAGAAUUUACCAAAUAAGAUUUCAAAUGAGACUGCUGAAAAUGAAGUUAGUAGCCUGGAGGACCAGACAACCACGUUUUCCAAAGACCAAGAUGUGGACAAUGAAACAACAGAGGAAAGUGCUCCUGCAUCAGCAGAAUCCAAAUGUCAGAAAGCUAACCUAGAAAAGCAAACAGAGACAGAAAAAGCCCCUGGGAAAACAACAGACAGCAAAGUUAUACACAUUGAUACAACUCAAGUGGGAGACCUAAGUGAAAUAAAAACUGCUGAAGAAGAGACUGAAAGAAAGGUUUCAUCAGCCAUCGAUUCAUCAAUGAAGAAUUUGGUGAGUGAGACUACAUUUACAAACUCUCAGAGUGAAGUUGGUAUCCAGGAAGACCAGAAGUCCAAAACUGUUGUAGAUACAGAUGAAGAUAUUACAGAACCAGAGAAAAACAAGUCAAUAAGUGGUGGAGGUACUCAUGAAGAGAAGGAAACAAAGACAUUUGGUAAGAAUUUACCAGAUGAGAUUUCAAAUGAGACUGCUGAAACUGAAGUUAGUAGCCUGGGGGACCAGGCAACCAUAAUUUCCAGAGACCAAGAUGAAGAUAUGAAACAAACUGAGGAAAAUGCUUCUACAGAAAAAGCACCAGGGAAGACAAUAGACAGCAAAGUUCUACAAAUGGAUACAACUCAAGAACCAAGUGAAAUCAAGAGUGCUGAAGAAGAGAUUGAAAGAAAGGAUUCAUCAAUAAAACGAGUGGAGAAUGAGACUACACUUACAAAAUCUAAUAAGGAAGUUUCUAUCCAGGAGGACCAGAAGUCUAAAAUUGUUGGAGAUAAAGAUAAAGACAUUACAGAACCAGAGAAAAACAAGUCAGUACAAUCCCAGCACCCAAAUGCUAACCAAGAACAUAAACCAAAGACUGAAACAAAAGAAUAUCUAAAGACAAAAGAAGAUACAAAAUUACCAGAAAAGACAACUGAAAAAGCUGCUAGAAAAACUAAUAAGAAACAGGAAGAGAAUGCCAUCAUCAAAGAGGAUGGUAAAGUUGAAAAUGAAGUGACAAAGCAGGAGGAACAGCAGAUGAAGGCAUCAAAGAUAGAUGCCAAGCAAGAGUCAGGACCAGUUAUUUUAGAAGCUGCAUCCAUCAAAACAAGUGGUGAAGAACAAAAAGACAAGACCACUGUUGUUCCAGAUCAAGUCCUUGGUACUGAUGCUCAGAAGGAUGAUAAAGAAGCCAAAGAACUUCUAACCAAAGAAAAGGAAGUCAGGGAACAUGAAUCAAAUCUUAAGAACAAACACACUGAUGUUAUUAAGGAGAGCGCUAAAAAUCAGAGUGCUGAGGGUACUCAUGAAGAGAAUGAAACAAGGGCAUUUGGUAAGAAUUUACCAGAUGGGAUUCCAAAUGAGACUGCUGAAACUGAGGUUAGUCACCACAAGGACUGGACGACUGUAGCUGCUAGAGGCCAAGAUGAGGACAUGAAAACAACAGAGGAAAAUGCUUCUACAUCAGCAGAAUCCAAAUGUCAGAAAGCUAAGCUAGAAAAGCAAAUUGAGACAGAAAAAGCUCCACAGAAGACACAAGAAGUAAAAAUAUUACAAACGGAUACAACUCAGGGAAUAAGUAAAACACAGAGUACUGUGGUUACUAAAGAAAACACUGAAAGUGAAUCAGUGAAGAUUUCAGUGAAUGAGACUGAAAUUACCAACUCUAACAGUGAGGUCAGUAUCCAGAGAAUCCAGAAGUCCAUAAUCCAUGGAGAUCAAUCUGAGGACAUAACAAAACAUGAGAAAAACAUGUCCAGAAUACCCAAAUGUGGAAAUGCUAACCCUGAACAGGAACCAAGGAUUGUAACAAAAGAAUCUCUAAAGACAAAUGAGGAUACCAAAUUAGCAGAAGAGACAACUGAAAAAGCUGCUAGAAAGACUAAUAAGAAACAGGAACAGCAAACCAUCAUUAAAGAUGAUGACAGACAGAUGAAGACAUCAAAGACAGAUGCCAAGCAAGAGUCAGGACCAGUUAUUUUAAAAGAUGUACCCACAAAAACAAGUGGUGGAAAACAAGAAGUCAAAACCACUGUUGGUCCUGAUAUAGUACUUAAUGCUACUGAAGCUGACAAGAAUUAUCAAGACACAAAACACAGAACAAAGACAAAAGGUGGUGUCAAACAGGAUCUGCAGACCUCAGGAGAGAAAGACAUAAACCUCAGUGAUCUGCUAAAGCCUACAAAGCCAUCACUCAUCGACAGUUCAUCUCUUUUAGCUACAGUGAAACCAUCCACUCCAUCUCAUUCAAAGAAUGAAUCCCCAUCUAGCUGGUUGGAUGUGGAACAUCAUCAAAAAGAGAAGAAAGAACAGAACAGAAGACUAAAUGCCUCAGCCAGUGAGGAUGAAUCGCUUGAGUCUGAUGACUAUGAUGAUUUUAUCAGGAGCAUUAAGCAAGGCAGCAUUCCUUUCUCAGCACCUCCAAAGAGGCAUAGCCAUAAAAAGUCCCUGUCACCACCUUUUGCCAUGCCAGCCAUUAAGGAGGACCACUUUGAGAGAACAUUUGAUCCAGAGCAAUUCCAGUUUGGCUUAAGCAAAAAAAGCAAAAGUCUUAGGGAUCUUUCUCCAGGUAUGGUUAUUAAAGAAAAAGCAGCUAAAAGGGAGGGACGGACCAUGGAAAAACAUGCACAAGAUAAAGGCAAGCACACAGCAAGAGACCAGAUGAACUCAGCUGAUGAGGUGAAAGGGCAAAAUGGAGUCAAAGAGGGGAUUAAUAUUGACUCAGGAGAGGAAAAUAAACAAAACAAUGGAGAAGAGCCUGGGAAGCCAACGUCACGGCUUGGAAGGAUGUCCAUCCUUUCCAGCUUACUGAGCACUCCUCAGUCCUCCAGGAAGGCCAAAAAGGAAGCUACCUCUGCCUCAAAUAGCACACUUUCAUCUAACCAACAACAGGACCUGCCCUCAGCUGGAAAAAAGGGAGUUGUUGAUUCACCUUUGCCUGGCAUUGACACAGAUAAGAAGGGUGUGAAAGGUACAGAUCAAGGCCCACCUGUGGGUGCUGGUACAUGUCCAUUGAUUGAGUCAGCACCCAGCUCCUCCUCUCCCCCCCGUCUGCCCUCGUUCUCUGAGAUAAAGCUGCCUGAUCAUUUAGAGAAAUACCUCAAGACGAACAAAAGAGAAUCUGAGGCCUCCCAGGGCUGUACACAGAGGAAUAAAACUACACUGAAUUCUGAGGGUAGUACUGUGAUGGACCACGCCUCAGCAGCAGGAGCAGCUGAUGUGGAUGUGGGGCUGAAGGGCCCUGCAGGAAUACCUCCAGCCAGUAACUACAGCCAACAGACUUCUAGAAAUGGACUCUCUACAUCUAAGCCCAAGAUACCUGCAGUAAAAGGGUUCCACAAAAGACCUGGAAAGAUUGUCAUACAUGAACAAGCGCAGUUUGGAGGGGAAGCGUUUGAGCUCUACUGUGAUACAGAGGAUGCCACCACAAUGAUGCUGUCCCCAGUCAUCUCAGUUCGAGUCAUCAGAGGAUGCUGGCUCCUCUAUGAAAAACCUGGUUUCCAGGGUCGUAUCAUUGCCCUUGAGGAAGGUCCUACAGAGCACAUAGUGAAUGUGUGGGCAGAAGAAGGAAGUCCAACAACAUUAAACCAGAUGGGUCAGCCUGUACAAACAGCACCAAUGGUUAUAGGUUCUGUUAGAUUAGCAGUCAGGGACUAUAGCAUGCCCCGAAUUGACCUGUUUGCAGAGGUGAAUGGGUUGGGGAGGAUGUCAUCUUACUGCGAUGACACAGUAGAGAUUGGCUCCUAUGCGAUGCCACAGACCACUGGCUCAAUUAAGGUCCAUUCUGGAGUCUGGCUGGUGUACACUGAUCCAGGGUUUGGAGGUUUAGUAGGAGUGCUGGAGGUGGGAGAGUAUCCCUGCCCAGAGUCUUGGGGUUUCCCUCAGCCCUUCAUUGGGUCUCUGCGACCCCUCCGAAUGGGAGCAAUAAGGGUGGAGCAUCCUAAUGACUUCCAGGCCUUAGUAUUUGAGAAGCCCAGCUUUAAGGGAGAGUGCAUAGAGGUCAACAGUGACAUGUACAACUUGCAAGAAGAACCAGAGGAGGAAAAAACAGAUGAGAAGCAGGAGAACAAGAAGACAUUGUCUGCAGUGGGGUCUAUAAAGAUCCUUGGUGGUCUCUGGGUCGGCUAUCAAGAGGUAGACUUUGAAGGGCAGCAGUACAUCCUGGAGGAGGGGGAGUAUCCUCACUGCAGUGACUGGGGAGGAUCAGAUGAAGGGCUCCUGUCACUUCGACCUGUGUGCACAGACUUCCUGUCCCCCCAUGUUAAAUUGUUCAGUGAGCGGAACUUUGACACACUGGGGCUCAGUGUGGACUUGUUGGGUCCUGUCAUCAACAUGGAGGACGUCGGUUAUGGUGUCAAAACUCAGUCCAUCAAUGUCAUGAGUGGAGUGUGGGUGGCCUUCGAGAAGCCUGGAUUCAGUGGCGAGCUCUACAUCCUGGAGAAAGGCCUAUAUGGAAGCCCCGAGGAUUGGGGUGCCCCAAACUUCAAGAUCUCAUCCAUACAGCCAGUCUUCCAUGACACACUGAUGGGAACAACAAAAUUUAAGGUGCAGCUGUAUUCUGAGCCAGAGUUCCAGGGAAGGCUGGUGGCUCUGGAGGACAGCGUAGCAGCUUUGGAUGAGGACUUCAGACCCAGGUCCUGUAAGGUGCUGGCUGGCAGCUGGGUUGCAUAUGAAGGAGCCCAGUUCACUGAGAACAUGUAUUUGCUGGAGAAGGGAGAAUACCCCAACACAGAGGCCAUGGGCUUCCUGUCCUCAGACACUAAAGUCUGCUCCAUACAGACUGUUGGACAUGAGUUCUCUCUGCCAUCCAUCGUGCUGUUCAGUAAGGUGGGCUGCAGAGGUCGCAGAGUGGUGUUGAGAAAUGGAGCCGUGAACCUGCUGCAGACAGGCCUCGACGCACGCGUACGCUCCCUGGUGGUGGAGGGAGGAAUGUGGGUGUUGUAUGAAGGUAGUAACUACUGUGGUCGACAGCUGCUUCUCCAGCCACUUCAUGUGGCUGAUUUGUGUCAGUUCAGCGGCUGGCAGCGAAUAGGAUCCCUACGUCCAUUACUGCAGAAGCAGAUGUACUUCCGUCUGCGUAACCGGGAGACGGGAUGUAUGAUGUCCCUGACAGGAACUUUAGAUGACAUCAAGCUCAUGAGGGUUCAGGCUGUGGAGGAGACAGGGGGCGUUGAGCAGAUCUGGCUCUAUCGGGAUGGACAGCUUACCUGCAAGCUGGUGGAGGACUGUAGCUUGCAGACUUCAGGCAGUGUGGUGAUGGCAGGCAGCAGGCUUUGUGUUGCUCCAGAACAAGGCCCAAGCAACCUGCUGUGGAGCAUCACCCCAGACGGCCUGGUGUGCUGCCACCUCAAACCUGACCUGGUCCUGGAGGUCAAAGGUGGUCAUCAGUAUGACAAGAACCAGGUGAUCCUCAACACAUUUGAUGAGAGAAAACUGAACCAAAGGUGGACUGUGGAGAUUCUGUGAUCUGAAGAGUAUGUCCAUGUAUGUCCAGAGAAGCUCUUCUGGGGUCCUCGUAACCCUCUACGGUAGCUCUGUCAGACCAGUGAGCCUGUGAUUCCGGUCCUCACCAGAGAGAUGUGAUCAGUAUGAGGGCUUUACAGCAACACUGCGCUCUUAUGUAUCAUUUUACUAUAGUAACCAAACUUAUAAUAUGCACUCACAGUGUGCAGUGUCUUUUUGUUUUAGAAAGAACAAGAGGUGCUAAAAUGUUGCCUAUUUGUUACAAAAGUCCCUGCAGCCCUGUGGAUGUUUUCACUGCAUGGACUGAGAACUCAGCCCUGUUUCAAUGCUGCACACCGCUUCUAAUUUCAUGGUACUGCAUUCUACUGCAUUCCUGCAUUUCUGAUCAUAAUGGUGGAAAAUUUGAAUGUAUAUUGUUUGUUGACAGUGGCAGUGCCUACAUACACUCCAGUGAUCUCUGUAUAUGUUUUUUCCAUCUAUUGUAAAGUUUUGAUAUCUUUCAAAAAUUUUACACAAGCUGUACUUUACUGCAGUAGGUUGUACAGACGCAUCAAGUGUGUACAUUUGAAAUUUCAAAGCAGAACUGCACUCACAGGUCUGCUCUCUGUUGUAAAUAUUUAAAUGUAAAAGACACAUCUGUUACACAUGAAAACAAAAAUGUGAUUUUCUUUCCUGCCCUUUUUUUAGAAAAUAAAAAACCUGUUCUUAAGUUUUUAUAUAGCUGUUCUUUUGAAAGUUUUCUAAGAGUAAUUUCUCUGACAGUCAAGUGACUCACACAAACUAAUUCUGUAUGAUCGACUGGGGAAUAUAAAUACAUGUUCAUAAUUAGAUGUUUGGCACAAAAUGUCAUGUUUGCCAACCCCAUUGUAAAAUUAAACAAACUCUAAUCACAGUCGCUGCAA